GUUUUGAGGAUAUAUAAAGGGAAGACACAAUCUUACAAUUAGUCAGGGAAUCAUAUCACUUCUGUCACGACACGAAGAAACUACGACUAGAGAAAGAAUACCCUACGAAGCCAAGAUGAAAACAAUGUUUGCGGUAAUCCUCGCUACGGUCUUUCUGGCCUUUGUUUCUGCCGCUCCACAAUGUCCAUCCAAUCAAGAUGAUGUUGUCUUAGUUCCGAAUCCAGCUGACUGCGCAUCCUAUUAUGCCUGCGACGGUGGUGUUGCAUACUUAAUGAAUUGCUCUGCCGGACUUCUCUUUAACCCCGAAUUACGAGUUUGCGAUUGGGCAGAGAAUGUAACCUGUUCCGUUACGCCUUCACCCAGCGCAGCACCAAAUGAAGUACUUGAAAAUUCCAACGAAGAAUCCAGCGAAGAACCCAGCGAAGAACCCAGCGAAGAACCCAGCGAAGAACCCAGCGAAGAACCCAGCGAAGAACCCAGCGAAGAACCCAGCGAAGAACCCAGCGAAGAACCCAGCGAAGAACCCAGCGAAGAACCCAGCGAAGAACCCAGCGAAGAACCCAGCGAAGAACCCAGCGAAGAACCCAGCGAAGAACCCAGCGAAGAACCCAGCGAAGAACCCAGCGAAGAACCCAGCGAAGAACCCAGCGAAGAACCCAGCGAAGAACCCAGCGAAGAACCCAGCGAAGAACCCAGCGAAGAACCCAGCGAAGAACCCAGCGAAGAACCCAGCGAAGAACCCAGCGAAGAACCCAGCGAAGAACCCAGCGAAGAACCCAGCGAAGAACCCAGCGAAGAACCCAGCGAAGAACCCAGCGAAGAACCCAGCGAAGAACCCAGCGAAGAACCCAGCGAAGAACCCAGCGAAGAACCCAGCGAAGAACCCAGCGAAGAACCCAGCGAAGAACCCAGCGAAGAACCCAGCGAAGAACCCAGCGAAGAACCCAGCGAAGAACCCAGUGAAGAUUCCGACGAAUCUAGCGAAUCCAGCGAAUCCAGCGAAUCCGGUGAAGGAUCUGAUGAACUACCUAUUUAUAAGUAAAGAAUCAGAAGUUUGAAGGUAUCUCGGAAUACAAUAAUAUAUUGUUACUAUUUAUACAAGAUGUUUCAGAAUCACUCUUUUUGUCUAAAAUUGUCCGAUCUCAAAAUUUUGUACACACGUUUUGAGCUAUUGCACAUUAUUAUGUAUUAUAGUGAUCGAUAUCGUGCAUGAAAUAUAAUUAACCUAUUAUAAGCCUA